AUGGCACGGCAGUUCGUCGCCCAGUGGGUCCUCCAAGAGGCCAUCACUGAGCAAAGGACAACCAUACGGACAGCCACCGCGCCAGUGACACUGCACUUGGAGAGCAUUUCCAACAGUCAAACGUCUUCGUCGUUGUCUUCAUUUUCUUCCUUUCCGUCUGCACCAUCUUCCAAUCGACAGCGCGCAGGGCCCGAAGCCGAGGCAAAGCCGUCGUACCGCAUCUGUAUUGUCGAGGGCUCGACUUUGAUAACAGAAAUUGACACCUCAAAACUCAAUCCCGGCAACAGCGAAAUCCGCAUCGUACCGCCAACACGGGCCACGCUGCUCGUUUCUGAGGGGGACGAUCCGACCGUGAGCGAAGGCGGGAAUGGAGGCCGCUAUGGAAUCGGACGUGGCAGUGGCCGUGGUAUGUCUCAGUCACAGACACAGACUGGCUCGCAACAUGCCUCUCAAAGUGUAUCACAAAGGAAGAAGAGAUCUCUCCUCAAGCUGUGCUUCCUCAGUGUCGGCGAUCUCAAGGCCGCGUCCCACGAGUUUAUGCGCAUCGGCCUUCGAUGCACCUCCUUGCCAACACGUGACGGCCGCACGACCCUGAGCAGAACGUCCUCUGUCGUGUCAAUGCAGGCCAGCUCACAAGGUUCACAGGAGCGGAGUUCUCCAAACAAAACUGCGCCGGGUCUUGCACGCUCUAGCAGCCUCAUCGCCCGCACAUCGACGGCCCUUCAGCCGGCUGUGCGGGCUGCGUCGACGGCGUUGGCAGCCGUGCCAGCCGAAAGACGCUCCACUGGUCCUCUGGAAAGCCCCCUCAAGCGGACCUACUCCGACGCACCGCCGGACCUCGCCAAUGCUAACAGAAUGAAGCGUCGCCAGACGUCUGUUGCGUCACAGACCACAUGUUCACCGAGUCUCCUACGUCGCGAGUCGUCGGCUGCGGAUGUUCCUAUGCAGGACGCUCGACAGCCGCCGCCCGUCAACGUCCCUGCAAGCCGAUCUCUCAGUCGGACGUCACAAUGGACGGCCUCGAACGACGUGGACGAGCCGCCGCCGCGACGAGAACUGCCACAGUCAGUCACGAGACACCUGUCGCGGACACCGAGCCAGGACACGCGGUCAGCCAGCGCGCAUGGUCGCAGAGGCGCCACGGCCGACACGGAAGUGCAGACGGCAGCGCCUUUUGUCGAGCCGGAAGUCGCUCUCCUGGCAGGCAUGGACCUCUUCCAAGAGCUGGCCAAUCUCAAGGACGGCAUGCUCAAGGAGUGCUUGAGCAUGACGAAAGCACUGGGCGCCGACGACCACGACGAGGCCGAAGCGCGUCUCGUUGCACGAUACGCCAUUGAGUUCCAGACUCGCUUUACAGAAAUCUGCACGCAGCGGACACACUCAUUCUGCAUGUAA